CCCCCAAACAGACCCCACUUUGUUGACAACAAAAGAUAUGCAUAAGAUAUGACACCGUGCCCACAUACAUAUGUAUCUGCGUUUCGUUUCAUGUACAAAUAUAUACAGUCUCUAUACUUUCAUUUUACAUUUCGUAAUACCCACCCACCCCCUUUUUAUCUCUUCUUUAUUCCCCUUUUUUUUUUGCCCUAUUGAUUAGGGUUUCUUGAUGAUCUAUUGUUCUUGAUUUUUCCUCUGAUGCAAUCAGUUUUUCUUGAGGUUAUUUUGAUAGCGUUUUUCUUGCUUGAUCUGUUUGUUUUUGCUCUCAGCAGAGGGUUUUUUGGCCUUAGAUUUGACUUCUCAGGUGUUAUUACAUCACUCUUCACAUGUCUCAAGUCGUUGAUUUCAGUGGUGACAAUUCGUUUUGCCCUAGCGCAUUUCUGUACCAAAAUCCCAAGGAGUCGAGCCAGUUUCUGUCUCUUGGCAGCCAUGUCAAUGUGUACUUCACUCCUCGCAAAAGAUCUCGCAUCACCGCUCCAUUUAUUGUUAGUGGAGAGCCAAAGCAAAAGCCGUCAAUCGAAAUUCUCCCCGACGAAUGCCUCUUCGAGGUUUUCAGACGCCUUGAAGGAGGCCAAGAAAGAAGCGCAUGCGCUUCUGUUUCAAAGCGUUGGCUCAUGCUUUUAAGCAGCAUCUGCAAAGAUGAGAUCUGCACCACUAAAGAGGAGCCCAAGAUUGGAUCUGAUCUUCCGAAGGCGGAUGAUUCCACAAAGAAGGCUGAAGAAAAAGGCGAAUUUAUUGAUCUGACUGAGGAGUGCCAAGAAACUGACUCCCAUGGUUAUCUCUCGAGAUCAUUGGAAGGCAAAAAGGCUAGUGAUGUGAGAUUGGCUGCCAUUUCAGUUGGAACAGCAAGUCGUGGAGGUUUGGGCAAACUUUCAAUCCGAGGAAACUCUUCCACUCGUAGGUUGACAAAUCUUGGCCUGAAAUCCAUUUCCCGUGGUUGCCCUUCUCUGAAGGUUCUUUCUCUGUGGAACUUAUCUUCAGUUGGUGAUGAAGGUUUGUCUGAAAUCGCAAAGGGUUGUCGUUCGCUCGAGAAGCUUGACCUCAGCCAUUGUCCAGCUGUCACCGACAAAGGGUUGAUUGCCAUUGCAAUGAACUGCCCGAAUCUGACGUCGGUUACACUGGAGUCUUGCUCGAACAUCGGUAAUGAAAGCUUAAAAGCUUUAGGCAGCAACUGCCCCAACCUGAAGUGCGUUACUCUUAAAAACUGCCCUCUUGUAGGCGACCAAGGAAUUGCGAGUCUCUUCACUUCAGCUGGCCAUGUUUUGGCCAAAGCAAACCUUCAGACACUGAACAUCAGUGAUGUGUCUCUUGCUGUGAUUGGACAUUACGGUACUGCAAUGACCGAUCUUGUACUCGGCGGUCUGCACAAUGUGAACGAGAGGGGAUUCUGGGUGAUGGGCAAAGGUCAAGGUUUGCAAAACAUGAAAUCCUUAACAAUAACUUCUUGCCAAGGGGUUUCCGAUGCUGGUCUCGAUGCGAUUGGUCGAGGUUGUCCUGAUCUGAAGGUGUUUCGCCUCCGUAAAUGUCCGCUCGUGUCCGAUAAUGGGGUCGUCUCAUUUGUCAGAGCUGCUGCUUCGCUCGAGAGUCUUCACUUGGACGAGAGCCAUAGGAUCACACAAUGUGGGAUUUAUGGGGUCCUUACAAACUGCGGUGGGAAAUUGAAGGCGCUGGAUUUGGCCAACUGUUUGGGGAUUCGUGAUGUUGACUUUGUAUUCCCGUUGACCUCGUUUUGCAACUCUCUUCGAUCGUUGACCAUUCGUGACUGUCCUGGAUUGGGCAAUAGUGGGUUGGGCAUGGUGGGUAGAUUGUGCCCCAAACUGACACAUGUCGAUCUUAGUGGGCUAAAGGGUAUAACUGAUGCUGGUGUACUACCCUUCGUUCAGAGGGCAGAUGCUGGUUUGGUGAAACUAAAUCUGAGUGGAUGUGCUAAUUUGACAGACAAUGUGGUUGUUGAAAUUGCUAAGGUACACGGAGAGACCUUGGAGGUUCUGAAUCUCGAUGGUUGCAGAUUUGUCACCGACGUUAGCUUGAUGGCAAUUGCAAAGAAUUGCUUGUUUAUGUCUGAAUUGGAUGUUUCACAGUGUGGAAUAACGGAUUACGGGAUUGCAGUGUUGGCUAGGGCUGAGCAGCUCAGUUUGCAGAUAUUUUCUAUUGCAGGUUGCUCUUUGGUUUCUGACAAGAGCUUGUCUUCCCUAGGAAUGUUGGGUAAGAGUUUAUUGGGGUUGAAUAUCCAGCAUUGCUCUGGACUCAGUUAUGGUGCUGUUAAUCUGCUUCUGGAGAAACUUUGGAGGUGCGAUAUACUUUCUUAAGCAGAAACUACUAGUGGAAGUGACGAAAGGAGGUGAAUCGGAAAUUUGCAGUGGAAGGUCUUCUUAUAUCUAUCGACUAGGUCUAGUUUUUGGGUCCGUCACAAUGGGUCUUCGAUGGUUCAGUUCCUCAAGUCUUUUUUUCCCAGCGAAGUUUGGCCACUUUUUUUGCAGCUUUUCUUUUUGCGAGAAAACUGUUUUUUUAAGGUUGUUGAGAAACAUCCUUUUUUGUGUGGCUGUACUGAGCUGAGAACUCGACACUGGGGUGCUGGAUUUUGAAGAUUCUUGUGAGUGGCUCUUUUAUAAUGUUUUUUUUUUUAAAGCUUUUGAAGUUGCAAGUGUUCUUGCUAUGGAUGAAGCUUGUCCGGUCGAUCUUUGUAGUGUCUUUGUUAAGGUUAUUUUAAGGUUGCUUUUGGCAGUUUCAUAGUAUGUGCUUUGGCCAAUGGCAGGCAACUUGUUUUGCUCUGCCAUGACAACCUCUCGGGGUUGUUUUUUCGUAUUUUGCCAAGCACUAGUUUUGCAGGUUUCUCCUGUUGUGAACUGUCCCAUGUAACCUUGUUGUGUAAUUUGCUUUACUUUGUACUCUUGUGUUAUAAGUUGUCUUAAUAAAAACUAGUUUAAUGUA